GUUAAAUUUGAGGGGAGGCACACGAGGUCUAAGAGAGGCACCGCGUGUGAGCUGCUGGUGGGGUGGUCAGCGCAAUGCCCAAGGCCAAGGGCAAGACCUGGAGGCAGAAGUUUGGUUACAAUGUCAACCAAAAGCGUCUGAACUGGAAUGCUGGACGGAAGGCAGCGCCGCGGAUCGAGUGCUCCCACAUCCGACAUGCCUGGGACCACGCUAAAUCGGUGCGGCAGAACCUGGCCAAGAUGGGGUUGGCUGUGGACCCCAACAAGGCGGUGCCCCUCUGUAAGAGAAAGGUGAAGGCCAUGCAGGUGGACACAGAGGAGAGGCUGAAAGAGCUUGUGCGGAAGCCCUAUGUGCUGAAUGACCUGGAAGCGGAAGCCAGCCUUCCAGAAAAGGAAGGAAAUACUCUGUCUCGGGACCUCAUUGACUACAUAUGCUACAUGGUGGAGAACCAUGGGGAGGACUAUAAGGCCAUGGCCCCCGAUGAGAAGAAUUACUAUCAAGAUACCCCAAAACAGAUUCAGAAUAAGAUCAAUGUCUGUAAACGUUUUUACCCAGCAGAGUGGCAAGACUUCCUCAAUUCUUUGCAGAAGAAUGGGAUGGAGCUUGAUUUGAGUGACUGGUUUACAUCACACCUGCCCCAGGCUGAGGCCUCUCCCUGGAUCAAGGAAGACACCUGAAGCUGGAGCCAGGGUGUAAGGUAAGGAGGGCUGUGUGGCUCCAGAGGGGCUGGCCGGAUCCCGUGGAAUCAGAAGGUUUUUCGCACACACACACACACACACACACACACCAACGCAUACUCCCCACUCUGGGGAAGGAACUAUUAUCAGAGACUCCAAUUUAUAUUCUUCUGGAGGUUAAUGGAAAAGCCAGAACCUGCUGUUUUCAGGGUGGGUGGUUUACUUGAAUAUAGUGUGUAUGUAAGAAAAUAAAGAUAUUUUACUUCUAAAAAAAAAAAAAAAUUGUAGGGAAGGCAAAAGUUAUGUGUAACUUUUUGACUGCAUGGGGGUCAGUGAACCUAACUUUCUCAUUGUUCAAGGGCCAACUGUAAUUGCUAAACUAUAUUCCAUCAUAUGGACGUAUAUCUUGUUUAUUUAUUCACCAAUUGAUGAACAACUGGGUUGUCUCUACUUUUUUGGUUAUACUAAACAAUGCUGCUAUAAGCAUUUGUGUACAAGUUUUUGUGUGGAUAUUUCAUUGUUUUCAUUUCUCUUAGAUUUCUGGGAGUGGGACUACCAGGUCAUAUGGCACUGUUAUUUAACUUUUAAAGAAACUGUCAAACUAUUUUCCAAACUGGUUGUAUCCAUUUCACAUUUUUACUGGCAAUACAUAAGGAUUCUAGUUUAUCCACAUCCUCAAUAAAAGUUGGUACUACAUGACUUUUUAAUUAUAAUCAUUCUAGAGGAUGUGAAAUAGUAUUGUUUUGGUUGCAUUGUUGUUUUGAUUGCAUUUUUCUAAUCAUCAAUAAAAUGUCUAAUGGCAAAAUCCUUUGGCCACUGUAAAACCAGAUUAUCUUAUUAAUUUAUAAGAGCUCUUUAAAUAUUCUGGAUGCAAGUCCUACAUCACAUAUAUGAUCCAAAAAGAUUUUGUUUGUAUCUUUUCAUUGUGUUAAUGGUUUGUUUCUUUUGAAUUACAAAGGUUUUAAUUUUGAUAAAAUCUAAUUUUUUUUUUUUUUUAAUAAACAGUGUGUUUGGAGUCAUAGGCAAGAA